ACUCCCCCCCCCCCGCGGUGCCGGUCGUGUCCGGUCGGCCGGAGCCGAGCGGAGGCGAAGGUAGCCGAGCGGCUGCCCCGCGCUCCCGCCCUCGCCGGUUCAGGCCUCCAAUGACUGUCACGGCGCUUUUUUCCUUCUCUGCUCUCCGGAGAAGGGACGCGGGCUGUUGCUCCAUCCCUUGACUUUAACCGCCGAGUUGGGAACGCUUCGCUCCGCUUCAUUUCAUCAGCCCAUCCAGCAGCAGACUCAUGUGAGCUUGCCAGGUUUUGCCUGAUGGAAUUGCUCAGACUUCCAGUGCUCUAAAAGGGAGAGGAGAUUUGGAUUCUUCAUGGUCAGCACUGAGAGACUGCCCAUUCACUGUUUGUGCACCAUUCCUCAUGUGCAAAUUCGUUGCCCAAGACAAUAAAAUCUGAAGCGACAGACAAUUCACAGAGCUGCUCCGUCACCCCAAGUUUUGGAAAGCAUCACCCUUUUGUUACGUCCUCUGUUCAAUUUAAAAACAAAAAUGCAGUUACCAUGACAACUCUUGCCCACACUGGAAAUCCGUUAUUGGGAGUUUCUGGCAUGGGUUUUAUUUGCAUAUGCUGCAAACUGCACUGUUAUUAAACAGACUGUUGACUAUUCUUCCAGUCAUUGACUUGGACAACUGAUGUGACAGUAGUCACAGCUUUCUGGUUCCAGGAAUUUCCAUGAGAUGCAGAUCAUGCCACUGGAAUGCAUUUGAGUAAACGAUGAGUUCUGCAUUUCUCAGGAGUCUUCCAGUACAUUUGCUUAAUUACCUUUUAAUGGUGUUCUAAGUGAGCUGAUGUGAAACGAAUGGUCUUGGAUCAUGAGUGAAGAAAAAAGCUUUGGUGUAUCCCAGAAAAUGCUGUCUCCUUCAAGAAGUACUAGCAGCUGCUCCUCCAAGCAGGGAAGUCGACAGCAGGACAGCUGGGAAAUUGUAGAAGGACUCCGGGGAGCAAUGAAUUGUACCCAGGAACCACAGAAGCAGGAAGGCUGCUUGCUGAAAAAGAGGAAAUGGCCUUUGAAGGGCUGGCACAAGAGAUACUUCUUUUUGGACAGAGGGAUUUUGAAAUAUUCUAAAUGCCAAGCUGAUAUAGAGAGAGGGAAGCUUCAUGGCUGCAUUGAUGUUGGACUUUCUGUCAUGUCUGUAAAGAAAUCAACAAAAUGUAUAGAUUUGGAUACAGAAGAGCAGAUAUACCAUCUGAAGGUGAAAUCUCAGGAGCUGUUUGAUGAAUGGGUAGCAAAACUUCGUCAUCACAGAAUGUAUCGUCAGAAUGAAAUCUCCAUGUUUCCUCAUGACGUCAAUAAUCUUUUCUUCCCUGUAUCUGCUACUGUGGACUCAGUCCCCGGUGUGUGUGAUUCUACUCCAAGUAGAAAGGCAGGCAGCUUGACCAAACAGAAUUCACUGUCAGCUGGAGGUAACUUGUCAUUUUCCUUUUCGAGUAAUGAGUCCAGGAUUCCAUCGUGGCUACAGUCUUCUGAAGACAUGGAAAAAUGCUCGAGAGAUCUCUCCACCUGUCACACACAUUUACUGGAAAUGAACCAGCUGUUACAGAGCAUGGAUGUUCUUCACAGGACCUAUUCAGCGCCUGCUAUAAAUGCUAUGCAGGUUGGACCUUUUGAAAGCCCAAAGAAGGAAAAGAGAACACAUAGGAGGUGGAGAUCCAGAGUUGUUGGUAAAGAGGCUAAAGGAACAUUACAGGUGCCUUCAGUAUUUUCUGCCCCUAUGAGACUGCAUGCUUCCAAUCCUAAUUUAUCUACAAUAGAUUUUGUAGAAGAGAAAAACUACUCUGAUGGCUCUGAAACAUCAUCAGAAUUUACUAAAAUGCAGGAGGACUUAUUUCACAUUGCACAUAAAGUUUACUUCACCUUGAAGUCAGCUUUCAGCACCAUAUCUACAGAGAGAGAAAAGCUGAAGCAGAUGCUGGAGCACGAUGCAUCCUCAUCUCCAUCUGCACAAAUAGUUGGCUUGAAGAAUGCCUUAACAUCUGCAAUAGCACAAAACACUGAUCUAAAAGACCGGUUACGCAGAAUACAUGCCGAAUCUAUGAUCCUUGAUUCAGCAUCUAAUGCAAAAUCAAGUCCAGAUUUGGUGAAGGAAAAUUCGAGAGAAGAAAGCAGAGGUCUGGUUCACCAGAUCUCCAAUGAAAGCAGACUGUCUAUUGCUGACUCUCUCACAGAAUUUUUCGAUGCACAGGAAGUCCUACUGUCUGCUAGCUCUUCAGAAAAUGAGGUAUCAGAUGAUGACUCAUAUGUGAGUGAUAUCAGUGAUAAUGUCUCAGAAGAUAACCUAAGCAAUGACAUGGAGAAUGAAAGACAAACUUUAGACUGUAUUUCUGAAAGUGGAAUUGGAUGCCAUUCUAAACGGAGAACAUGUUUACCAGCUCCAUGCCCUAAUACUAGUAAUAUCAGCCUAUGGAAUAUCCUGAGAAAUAACAUAGGAAAGGAUCUCUCCAAAGUGGCCAUGCCUGUUGAAUUAAAUGAGCCACUUAACACCCUUCAGCGUCUCUGCGAGGAGCUGGAAUACAGUGAACUACUAGAUAAAGCAGCGCAUACACCUAACCCAUUUGAACGGAUGGUGUAUAUAGCUGCAUUUGCAGUAUCUGCGUAUGCCUCCAGUUACUACCGAGCUGGAAGUAAGCCAUUUAAUCCUGUUCUUGGAGAAACCUAUGAAUGUAUCCGUGAAGAUAAGGGUUUCCAGUUCUUUGCAGAACAGGUCAGUCACCAUCCACCUAUUUCCGCAUGCCAUGCUGAAUCUGUGAAUUUUGCUUUUUGGCAAGAUGUAAGAUGGAAAAACAAAUUCUGGGGAAAGUCCAUGGAAAUUGUUCCAGUUGGUACAACACAUGUAACUCUUCCAGCAUUUAAAGACCAUUUUGCAUGGAACAAGGUGACGUCUUGCAUCCAUAACAUCUUAAGUGGACAAAGAUGGAUUGAACACUACGGAGAGAUCAUCAUAAAAAAUCUUAACGAUGACACUUGUUACUGCAAACUGACUUUUGUAAAGGCAAAGUAUUGGAAUCCAAAUGCACACGAGAUUGAAGGCAGUGUCAUGGAUAAAACUGGGAAAGUUGUGCAUCGGCUCUUUGGGAAGUGGCAUGAAAGUUUAUACUGUGGGACAACUUCAUCUUCAAACUGUAUUUGGAGAGCAAAUCCAAUGCCUAAAGACUAUGAGCAGUGGUAUGGAUUUACUCAGUUUGCAUUGGAGUUAAAUGAACUGGACCUGCAAACUAGGUCAUUACUUCCAUCCACUGACACACGUUUUAGGCCAGACCAAAGGUUUCUAGAAGAAGGGAAUAUUGAAGGAGCUGAAAUGCAAAAACAGAGAAUUGAGCAACUACAGAGAGAACGACGGAAGGUGCUGGAAGAAAACAAUUUAGAGCAUCAGCCUAGAUUUUUCAGGAAAUCCAAAGAUGACUCCUGGGUGAGCAAUGGAACCUACAUGGACCUUAGAAAAGAACCUGGUUUUUCCAAACUGGACAAUCCUGUCCUCUGGUGAAAGAGGAGCCAAGUGAAGAUGUUCUGUGCUGUUUUCUUGGAUCUGAUUUAAAAGAAGUAUAUAUAAAUAUAUGUGUAUAUAUAUAUAUCUCUACACACACACAUAUAAUAUAUGUGUGGGGGGUUUGUAUGUGUGCAAGUGUGCAUAUCUCCAGAAUUGUGCUUACUUUAGGAUAUGAUAAUUCAUUUGUUUUCUCUACUCUAUUCCAAUGAUUGUUUGAAUGUAUAAAUAUCCUAACUUCUUUUUAUAAAAUAUUUAAUAAAUAGCACUGAAUGUUAACAACUAGAGGGAAAAGGGGAGCUUUUACACUACUUUUCCAAGGUGUGAUGGUAAUGUCAGUUCUGAGUUAACUUAUGCCUUAUUGAGUUGUAUUGGAGACAGUAGCAACAGCUUCUCGUAGCUGUGCUGAGAAAUGAGCGUAAGCCUUAGUAACUCAAACUGUAAGUAGGCUUCCACAGUUCAAUGAGUAGUUCAGCUGUCUCUGGGCUGGCCUAAAUUCCUAAAAACGCAUUAUCAGUUGGUGCUGAAAUCUGAGCAUGAUCCUUUGCUGCCUGUGAAUAAGACUCAAAUAUGCUUUGGUUUCUAUUAGCUUUCUUACUAGCGUUAUGGAAGCAGUAGUUCUGAGCUUACAUCAGUGGACUGAUGGCUGUAUAAGUGUACCUGGCUAAAAGCAGUGCUAGAAAUUCAGGAAUCACCAACAUUUUCCACUGGGAAUCUUCAGAUUUAUAGCCCCCAACAGGGCAAGAGGAGGAGAUCUUUUGUAUAUAAUGGUUGAGCACUGACUAGAUGAAGCAGCUCUCUCUUUUUCCAGUAAGUAAUAUGUAUACAGAGCACAAAAUCCUGUGCUUCCAUAGCUUCAUUUGUUUUUAUUAACCUAAAAAUUGCAACAGUAAGUCUUUUUAAAAAGUAAGCGAACUGAUUGUUUUAAUCUAGAAUUUUUUUCUUAGUAUUUUGAUAUUUUCUACCUCUUCAAAAAUAAACAACAUAUUUAAGACCUUAUAUUUAAAAAAUGACCAUCUGCCUUAUGGAGAAAUGUAUGGAAUCGUUGAUCUUCCUCUGUUUGUUUGGUAUGUUCAGAUAAAUAUUAAGUGUCUUGCACUAAAUCAAUUGCUUCUCUUUCCUGUAAUUUUAUACAGUUGGGUAGAUUUGCAAAAGUAUGAAACUAUAGGUCAAAAUAUAUCAAGAAACAAAUGUAGCAGAAUUAGCACUUUUGAAUGAAGAUUAUAGUGAUUGACAAUUUUAUUUAUUUUUUUCCAUGAAAUCACAGUGCUCAUGAACAGAAAAAUUGCAUUCCUGCUUAUCUGCAACUCAAGCCAGACUCAUUCUUCAAGUCUGUUCUGUGUGUCUGUGACUCUCUGGCAAGAAAACACUUUUCAAGUUUAAAUCUAUAUCCACCACAACCCUCAUUUUUUUCUUACAUGCCACCUCAAAGAUUGAAAAUACACCCUAUAUAUGAUAAAUGUUGUUGGCAUGUUUACCUGGCUUAUGACUGGAACAAAUGGACAAUACAUGCAUAAGGGUUGCUCUUAGAAGGACUAGUACCUUAGAAAAGCUUACUUUCUUCCUUUUUUUUUUACAGUUUUUUACAUCUUACAGCAUUGUUCUAAAGAAAACCCAUUAAAACGGAUCCAUGUAAUAUAUGUAAUGAAGGAAGUACUACAAAAACUUCCAUUUUAAACCAAAUCCAUGGUAUCAGUUUAGAUGUAUAUUUAAAUUUUGUUUCCUGUUACCUUGAAGCUUCAUUGUCUUACAAUCAAAUGUUUUAUCACCAUUAUUUACUUUGCCUAAGAACUCUGGCUCACUAUCGUUUCUGCAAUUUCUUACCAAAAAAGUUAGCAUAACUCUCUAUUUAAUGUGUCUUUUAAAGAUUCAGCUAGCACUCCAGCAGCUUACAACAAGGCAAGGUUCAAGUCAGUAUGAAAACAAAAUCCGUGCUUUGAUUCUCAAGGAAAUCUUAACCUCUGGGGACUGUUUGGCUUUUCAAGGAAAAUGAGAACCUCUUCAUGGCUUGAGCCCUUCCUGUUUUACACUUGUAUUAUCAAAACUUGGCACAGAAAUGAGUGGAUAUUUGUAAUUAUCCUUGUUGUUGGCAAUUACCCUUUGUAUGAAAAAUUACACGCAUUUAACAACACAGGAGGUAGGAGAAGGAAAAAAAAAGCUUUUAAGAAAGGGAGUAAAAUUUAUGGAGGAUACAUUAAAUUUGCUCAUUGUCAUAUUUGGCAGCUAUUGUGAUUAUUGUCUGAUCUGAUUGCUGCUUUUGCUUUUUCUACAUAUGGAGUGGAUUUCCCCCUACUAUGUCAUAUGAGCUAAUAGUUGACAGCUUUCAAAAUUAAAGGAUUAGAGGCAAAAAGAGAGUUAAAGAACCAUAAUGCAUUAAAAUCUGUGGGUGUUAAACAAAAACUAAUUUCAUUUUGGGUGUUUGAGUCAUGAUUUUUGAGAAAUCAGACUGGUGCUGUUGUCUUGUAUCUUCCAAUCCAAAAUGUCUAAAAGACAUUUACCUAAUGACAGGGAGAAUUGGGCUGGGAAGUGCCUCAUAGAAAAUUGUUUCCUUUGACAAAAUUCCCUUAGCAGGAAGGCAAAACUCAGAAUUUUACUAUCUUCCUGAGUAAAAUAAUGCCCACGAAGGUGCAUUUUUUAGAUAAACAAAGGGAAAUUGUUGCAGAACUCCUUUUGUAAAUCUGUGAUACACAUCUGAAAACCUGGUGUAACCAGUCACAAAUGAUCUUCUGACCCCACAUUUCCAACUGCAGUAUAGUUGUCCCUGCUUACCUUUGUGUGAAGGAGUUGGGUUUAGUUGUUAAGCUUCUGACAACUGUAUAUUAAGAAGUGGAAGAAAAAUGUCUCUGUUACUUGUGUAUUUCUGCAAAAAAAUACAUUUUUACAUCAUUCACAAACCUUAAUACAUUCUAUAGUUAUUCUUGGUAAAAUAAUGACAUUUUGGUAAUUUUUUUCCAAAAACUUCAGCUGUGUUAGAGUGCCUAACUUACAUUAGCUUUCUGCAAUAUACUAAGACAUAUGUUGUUUUUAGUGACUGACAUUUAGAGUCUUUCUACCCUGAGUAGUAGAAAGAAAAUAACAAGCAACUUACUGCAUCCUUUCAUGCGCAGCAGUGACUCCCAAACUGUUCGGCUCAGUGGAUUAGUCCUAGAAUUUCCUGUUGACUGUUGCCUGCUGUUUUAGCACUCUUACUUGAUGACUUUGUAAACAUUACUUAAUAUGAUUUGGAGAGGCAGUUUAAGCACCACUCAUCGAACUCUCCCUUUCCUUGUGUACCCCUUCACAAAGUGAAAAGCUUACUAUAAAUUUACAUCAAGGGGAUGGAGCAGCUCAUGCCUUUGGGUGUUAAACCACUGACUCAGUUUUCAAAUUAGACAGCAAAGAGAGAAAAAAAAAAAGUCCAAGGAAAUAGUAAUCAUAGAAAUAGAAACCCACAGCUGUAUUCUCAAAUUUUCAGAUUUGACACUGAGGUUCUGAUUUUGGUGCAGAGAUUUGGUGUUAUGAAACAACAGGGUAACUUGUUUAGGAUGCUACUCUUGGAAGGAUAAAGUGCUGUUUAGACUGAGUGGAACUAGAGUGCACCACUACUCAUUGCAUCCCUUUUCUCAUAUUUGCUCUCUGAUUUAUGCUUUAUGUGUUAGUUUGCCAGCAUCAGUCUACCUUUUUUGGGUACUUUUUGAAAUACAGAUCCAGUCAAGUACUUAGGUUCUUCAUACAGAGCCUAGAAAAUCAGCUGGUCCUUCUUUGAAGGACCUGAAGCUGGAUUGCUGGCUUCUGUUAAAACCUGGCCCCUGGAGGAGGUGGUGGUUGCAGAUUCAGUCACCUUAUUUUUUGGCACUUUACUGAUUAAACUGUCCCUGAAGAGUUUCAGGCUGUUGAAGCCAGAUCACUGGACAGAGAGGAACACAAAUUCACAGGGCUGGACAUCGGCUAGGGACAGCUUUGGGGUUGGGCAAAGGUUCAAAGCUGGUCUUAAAUAAAUGAAGACCCUGUCCCCCAAUUUCCCUCAGCUGUUUACAGUACUGUUAGGUUUUCUGUGUGGCCCCCUCAUAUCUUAAAGCCCUUAUUCAGUGUCCCAUUUUCUCUUUAUUAAAAAAAAUAAUCCCAAAGAACAGUAAAACAUCCCACCCUAACAGGAUUUCAAAUGACAAAAUAUGCCUAAAAGCUGUAGUUAUAAACUUCUUCCAUAAACAUCAUGGUCUAUUUCUGUACCUUUUCCUUGACUUUUUCACAGUUGUACUCUGGAGCCAGACCACAGCCUGGUAAGGGUGCUACAGAAAUAUCCAGCUACAUCUGCUCAGCAUAUUCAUCAUUAACAUUCUCGCAUCUGCUUUGUGUAAAUCUGUUCUAUUGUGUCUCUAGAUGAUCAGCUUUGCAGAGCAGGACAUUUUCAGUGUAUCUUAUUUUGUUCAAUACAGCUUUUUUUGUACAGUACUCAUACAACGGGGAGGGGGGUGGAGGCAAGCUGAAGAGUACAAAACCUGGCCUGCCAUGCAGAUAUAAUAGCGAAGGAUGAAACCCCAACUUCUCCACAUAACUGAAUGCAUCUUGCAAGAGCUGGAGUUGGGUGGUCCUAUUCAAAGGAGUGAAGCUAAAAUGGAAGGUUCUUUUGGUACUGUUUUCAUUCAUGGAUUUUGCCUACUAUAAAUAAAUUUCCCAGUGUUUACUAACUCAUCCUUUCUAUUUUCUAGCUACUGGUGGGUGCAACUUAACUCCAGCAGCUGUGAGUUGUUAAGAAAUUGCAAAUGUUAUCUGGCUUAUCUAUUGAAGUUUAGUAACUGUAACUUAUCACCAAAUACAUUAUUGAACUGCUCAGUUCUUAGGUACUGUUCUUGCUGCAGCUUUUGAAAGCAAUAAGAAAAAUUUUCCACAUAAAUAGUCGCUGUAUGUUAAAAAAAAAUAAAUAGGUGGUUCGUUUUUUUUAUAGAAAUUGUUGAUUUGGUUUUACUGUUGUACAAAACAAAACUGUAUUAAAGCUUAUGGGAAUGUUUUGGAGAUUGAUCCACAAGAGAUGAUGAGCUCCUUGAGCUCCCUAUCUUCGAGGUAUUUGUGAGAAUAUUUGGUACACCUGAGAAUCAGGCAGUCUUGUAUUUAUGUUGAGUGUUUUACUAGUUUUGGUAUUGGAAAACAUGCCACAUGUAUGAGGUAUUACAUAUGCAAAGCUGCUAAAUGUUGAAAUUGUUGUUUGUUUUGAUAGGGCAUUAGUGAUUUCAGGAUGAAGAAGGGUAUCGUGUUAGAAUUAUCACUGACUUUCAUAUAUUUGAGAAAAACUGCUGUAGUCAGGAUCAUUCCUGUUUUCUGCAUUCCUUACUGCAAAAAUUUGUAAUACUGUUGGAGCACCUUGACGUGCAAUUUGAUUUACUUCUUUGUCUCUGUAACCAAUUCAGUUGGAUGUUAAUAAAUCAGACUUGCAAAAGGUCAUAGAGCACCCUCACUU